GUCGCAUGCGCAGUUCCUCUCCCGUUCGGCAUCCCGACGCGGUCGUCGUUGUGGAGGUUCCUCAUUCCAGUGCUCCGUCGUCGCCAUGGUGAAGCUGAGCAAAGAAGCCAAACAGAGGCUGCAGCAGCUCUUCAAGGGCGGCCAGUUUGCCAUCCGCUGGGGCUUCAUUCCUCUCGUGAUUUACCUGGGAUUUACAAGGGGUGCAGAUCCUGGAAUGCCUGAACCAUCGGUUUUAAGCCUACUUUGGGGAUAAAGGCCUGUUUGGUCAUCUGGAUUUGGAAGCAAUCCAACAUGGAAGGUGUGUACUCUGGCUGGAUGAGAAAGACAUCGUUUCAACGCGUCUGUGGCAGAGUGGAGCCUGUACUGACUCAUGAUAGACUUUCAAAAUAAAUACUUUAACAAUGUUA